CGGAACGCGGGCAUUCACUUGUCCAUAUGGACUUAAUUUGAAAUGAAACUUUUAUGUUGUUCUAUAAUAACCCUGAUUCUUAUUAAUAAUGUUUUUUCCAAGGGUCAUAAUAACAAUAUAUAUUUAGAUAUUCAUAAAAGCUAUGGAUGUUUUAGAAUGCUUAAUAGUACUCAUCAAAUUGGAUGCAGCUCAAAAAUAGGAAGUGGCAACAAUGGAAUAAUAUAUUUUGUAUUAAAUGAAGCUGUUUUGGACAAAUUGAUAAAUAAUGAUAAUGAAUUUGAUUACAUAGUUAUGAUAUAUCCUAAUUUAUUUAAUUAUAAAAAUUUAAUUAAAAUGAAAAAUUGUGAACAUAUAACUGGUGCUGUAUUGUUAAACACACUAAAUAGUACUCAAUUAGAUGAAAUACCACAUUUCUCUCCAGAUCAAGCCUGUCCUAACAGAAAAUCUGAUUAUUAUACUGGCAUUGAUAAAUAUGAAAAUUGCAAAUAUAUUGAAUGGAAUCAUGGACAAGGAAUCUUUUUUAAUGAUUGGGGUGACUUUCCAAUAUUUAUGGUCAAAGAUGAUGAAUCAAUACAUACACUAAUGGAUAAAUGUUUUUUUAAGUAUAAUCAGAAUAUUAUUGAAAAAUUUACCAAUUAUAAACCUCUAUGUUCAGCAAAUAUGAUAUUUGAAAUGGUUGCUGUAAAAGAUAAAGAUACUUGUAUUAAAAGAGGGGAGUUAUCACAUACAUUGGAUUCUAGAUUAAGUAUUCAUUGCUAUGAAAUAGGAGAUGCCAAUAUUUGGUCCUUGCUAAAUCCUACCAAUAAAUCAAAACCUUUAAAGGCACUGUCUAUUGUCCUUUUGGUGACUCGGAUGGACGCCCUAACCAUGUUCGACCAAAUCGCUCCCGCUGCCGAAAGCUCCGCUUUAAGCAUUAUAACUCUGUUGCUCGUAGCCGAAGCGCUGGACAGAACUAACAAUGAAUAUUUUUCUAAGGCGGAAAACGCGAACGCUUCUCUCGAUAAAAAUGUUAUGUUUGUGUUUUUCAACGGGGAAGCAUACGAUUACCUUGGCUCUACCAAAUUAAUCCACGAUAUGAACAUUCGCCAUGAGUUUCCCCAAAAAUUAAAUUCGGAUAUCAUAAAUCAAUCGGCUAUUAUCAACACGUCCCACAUAUCUCACAUCAUUGAGAUUGGUCAAGUGGGAUUAGCAUCUCAUUCGAAUUAUUAUAUACAUACCGACCCUUUAUCCAGAAACAAACACCAAGUUGUUGAUAAAGAAAUAAAACACAUGUUCGAACUGUUCUCCAAAUCUCACGCUAAAAUUUCCGUGAAACCGGUCAAUGAUAGUAAUCAACCUUUGCCGCCUUCAUCGUUGCAAAAUUUUCUCAAAUCUGAUGAUUCGAUACCCGGAAUUUACGUAGCGGAUCACCUUAACGAAUUCGCCAAUCAAUUUUAUCACAGUAUAUUAGACGAUUUAAAUUACGUUGGUUCCUUUCAUGAUCAUGAUCAUAAUUCUGGUCUGGAAAUUCUCGUUAAUGACAUUCACGGACUGUCCAGCACUUUGGCCAACGUCGUAUUUAAGCUGAUAGCAAAUAAUAGUGCAGAUAAUGAGAUGCUGGAUAUCAAAAUUAACAAAUCGCUGAUUUACGACCUUGUUGAUUGUUUUUUAGUCAAUUCCUCUUGCGAAUUUUGGAAACCAUUUUCAAGCUACAUAUCUGGAGACCUGAACACUUUCCUCUCUUAUUACGUUGGCGCAGACGGGGCGAUGCGAACCUAUACUUUUUUUACCCAGGCCACGUUAGCCUACUUGACUAUGAAAAAUAUCGACCCCAAUAUAAAAAGCAAAAAGGAAUGUGACGAUUUAAAUAAUGAACAAUCUCAAGCCGGGCAUUCUCUACUUUUUGCCCGGCCCGUUAAUUCUUACCCGAACUAAAAAAAAUUUCGGGCUGGAUAUAGCAUGCCACUGGUUCCAAUUUUAUACUAUAAGCGCCUUAUGGAAACUCGAAACAAUUUAACAUAUGUACACGAUUUGCAAUACCAAAAUAUAUUAUUCUUUUAAGUAUAUUGCUUAUGAAACGGGUUUCCAGGUCUCCCACAAUAUUUUUUAAAGUCAAAAUCUAUCAACUCAAUUACCACAUUUUUGAAAUAUAUCACAAAAUCUCCCACAUACAGAUUUUUUUUCAAGAAUCAUAUUUUUGAUAUAAAAAUAUCAUGUAUUAUGCCCCCCCCCCAAUUUUAAGAAAUUCAAUUUUCUCUUUUCAUUAGACUCCUAUUCUUAAUUUUUUUUUAUGUUUUUGCUCACUUUUUAACUAUGAAUUAUAUAUUAUAUCAAAUCAAAUCUCUCCUAUUUAGUCCAUUCUCGUCGAAAACGAUUAGCUAUAAGCCUUGAUGUGUAAUCUGGGAAAAACUUAACCUUGCAAAACAAUAAAAACAAAAAUUAAUGUUUUUUCUUCUACAAUUAUUUUAUUACCUCUAUCCUCUCCUUACUUAUAAUUCAUAGAUUUAUUCCUAUUUAUGGCUCAAUAAUUUACCCUCUCUAAACCAAUCCUCUGUUUGCGUAUCAUCCUUGGCCUGGGCCCAUGUAUCUAGCUUAUCUUCCUCUUGGGUGAAAAGCUUUUCGUACAGUUUCGCUUCUUUACG